AUGGCGAAGCUGGUGUUUGACUUGAGCCAGGCCCUCACAGAUGGCAGUGGUCCUGUCUGUUGGGUUCCCUCUCUCCUCCACACCCUCACUGCCCACUGCACAGCCCCCACCAACAGCUCUGCAUGGUUCAACACCUGCUACAAGGCAGCCAUAGGGCCUCUGCUGACAGGUGCACACCAUGAGCUCUCCUCAGAUGAAGUUCAGUGGUGGUUGACCCUGCAAGGUCCCCUGAGUGGUAUCCAGCUCCAGGCCAUAUUUCAGCAGCUCUUCAAGGUCCUCUGGGCCCUCACAGCUGAUGUGUGGGACCCAUCUCAUUGCAGGACGUAUGCAGUGGUGGGGAACUUGGGGCAGCUGAGUCAGAAAAAACAGAAAGAGUCCAGUCAUGGGCUGCUAAUUGACGCUCAUGACUGGGUGCUGAGGGUGAACAGAGCAAAGAUCACUGGCUUUGAGCUGGAUGUUGGAAUGAGAACAACACAUCUCUUCAUGUGUUGCAUAUUGGUAAAGCCUUAUAGAAUAAGAGCCUUGUUACCCUCUGUGAACAAUAAAGAUUGGGCUAUUUUGCAUGAAGAGGUGUCUUGUCCAUCUCUACAGCGACAUUCAUGUACCCAGAAGAGUGCAGUGAACCUAAGGCACAAUGUUCACCUUGUCCUUGUCCCCUUCAAACCUCUGGAGCUGCAGUGGGUUACCAGUGUCUUCUCCACGGGAGAACUCACACGGUCACAUGUGAGAGUUAAACAGUUCAUCAAAGAACAAGCUAAUGGUGUUGAUCUGGGCCCAACUUUCCUCAGGUACAUCCAUGACAACUGGACACAGCAUCACGUGUGAUACCUCUCCACUGGCUUCACAGCCCUGCUCUUUGCCUUGCACACCUGCCAUCAGGUCUCCGUGUUUGGCUUUGGAGCAGACAGUGAAGGGAACUGGCCCCACUAAUGGGAAAAAACCUCACCGGUCUGGAGCCUUCUGCAGGACGAGAGCCCUGCGGCUUCACUGAUGUUGAAUUCAGCCCCAUUGAGUAACAGGUACAUAUAG